AAAUAACCACUUAGUAACAUCUCUACAUAAGACCACCGUUUUUAUGAAUGCCAAAAAUUUCGAGGAAAUUCAAAAUUAGGACGUUGAUUGAUAAUGAAUGGAUGGAUAACAAUUCUAGUACCUGAACCAUGUUUCUUUCGAUGAAAGCGAUGAAGUGGGCUUACCCUAUAUGUCCGAGGAUCACCACUAUUGGAAAAACAGGAUGUGACAUUAUUAUUGACAAUCCAACUGUUGAUCAACAACAUGCUGUUAUAGAGUAUGAUCCGUCUAGUGGUUUAAUUACCUUACGUGACCUGUCUUCUCGUAAAGGGACAUUUGUGAAUGAUCAGAGAGUUGAUGGAAUCGUUCGACUAAUGGUUGGAGACAAACUGAGGUUUGGGUGCUGCUCAACAAUAUAUGAAAUAACAUCUUCAGGGAAGAACUCGCACGAGUCUUUUACAGGUACUCAACCAGUGAAUCUUGGUAAUCAAGAAAAGCGAGCAGAAGCUACAAUUCCUCCAUGGGUGAAAGUGUGUGACGAUUCAAGUUCAAGUCAAACCGAUAUUUCAAGGAUCGUUUCAAACAAUAAGGCCUCUAACACGUGUUUAAAAGUUGACGAAAAUAAUUUAGAGGCAAAUUCAUCUUCGAAGCAACCGGAGAGUCGUUCGAAUAAUAACGAAUCAAAAAUGUAUCCUCUCUAUUAUAUCAAAGCAAAUACUUCAGACCGCUGCUUGACUAAUCUCUUUCCAGACGUAACAACGAGUGCUUCAACAGGAAAUGACUGCAAUCCAGAUCAAAAAGAUCAAUGUAUUAAAGAAUUACAAGAAAAAAUUAAUCGUCUUACUCCAUUAGAAGCAAUCACAACACAAAAGGAUAUUCUUAUAAAACAUUUACAAAAUCAAUUAUUUCAAAUGAAUCAAUUAAAUAGAUUAUUUCAUUAUACCGAUAAUUCUACCUCAUUAUAUACACCUAGAAAUGUUUCAUUCAUGAGUAAUUAUACUCAAACAGAUCAUGAACAAAAUAUUAUUACGUCAUCAUCAUCAUCUAAUCAAAGUCUAUAUCCUACUCAGCAACAGCAACAACCACGACAAGAACAACAACAACAACAUGGACCCAUUCGAGUACGACCUUGUUCAACACCUUCACCAAUGAAAUUAUCCUUAAAUAAUGUUACUAUGUUAACAAAUCAUAAUGAUAAAAUGAAUAAUGAUACUAUAAAAGAUGAACAAUUAUUAGAAAAAACACAUAAAGAACGUCAAAUAUUAAGUGGUCUUGUAAUACAAUUACAAAAAGAUUUAUCUAAUAAAGAUAUACAAAUAAAUAGAUUAAAUAAAGAAUUAAAUUUAAUGAAAAAUCAAUUAAUCGAAAAAGAUACAACCAUAGAUGCAUUACAUGUGAAAUAUAACAAAUCUCAAGAUAAAAAACAAUACAAUUUGGAGAAGGAACAAUUUGAAAAAGAAAUUGACAGUAUUCGUCAGAAAUAUAAAACUUCAGAAUUACAUAAUCAUUCAUUACAAGAUGAAUUAGAUAAAAUGAAAUUAGAUCAUCAUAAACUUCUUCAAGAUGUUGAAAAUAAAUUAGUUGCAGAGAAUAAAUUACGUAAAGAAUUAGAAGAGAUGCAAGUGAAAAUUAUUGAAUUAGAACGUUCUGUUCGAAUUCAUCAACUUGAUAAAAAUGAAGUUGUUAGUGAGUUUGAACGUUUACGUACACGUAUCAUGCGUAUUGUAUUCGCUGUAAUAUCUGAAACUCAAUUCAAUACUAAGAAAACAUUAGAAACUUCUUCGAAUAAGAAAGUUACUAUCAAUUCUGAAUCCAAUACUCAAUCCAUUGAUGAUAAUAAUCAUGAAUUAUCAAAUGCGAAAUCACCACCACCACCACCAUCAUCAUCAAUAGACAACGUGGAUUCAUAUCAAGAUAUAAAUCAUAAUGAACAAUUAUUAGAUCGUAUACAAUUUCUAGCUGAUGAUUAUAAACGUUUACAAUAUGAAUUACAAAUUAAUAAUUCAAUAGAUAAUCAAAUGAAACAACAAAAUAAAUCAAUUGAAAAUGAAUUAAAUGAAUUUAUUCAUAUUUAUAUAGAAGCUCAACAAAACAUGAAAGAUACACCCAGAUUUCGUUCAUCAUUACGACUAAAACAGGAUAUUGAGUUACUAGCUGCUUAUGUUCCAGCUAGUGAAAUCUUAAAACGACUUCAACGUAUCCUAUUGGACGAUUUACAGGAUCAGGUGAAUACACAACAACGUCUCGAAGAUUGUGUACAAGAAGCUGUUGGGACAAUACAGUCACAGAAUACUGAUAUGUUACAUAUCAUUAAUCGUCCAGAUGAUUUAGUGAAUACAAUAAGACAUUUAGCUGAAUUAACAACCAUAAUGAUACAACAGAAAACGGAUUUAUUAAAACAAAUAAAAAUGAAUGAAAUGGAACAUCAAGAAGAACUUCUUAAAACUAAAUCACUUAUUCAAAAUGAAUGGAAAAUGAUGAUGGAUGAUAAAAUAGCUAAAUUAAAUUAUGAAAAUGCAGAUAAAAUCCAGAAAGCUGUUGAAGAAGUUGCACGUGUGGAAAGUUUACGACAAGAACAAUUACUGUCUGUUAAAGCAACAAUCAUUGAAGAACUUGAAAAUAAAUUACGUGAAACUCGUCAAAUUUUAGCCGAAAAGCAAAUCGCUCAUGAAACUGAAUUAAAUGAAGCCAAAGAAGCAAGUGAACUUCUACCGAGAUUACAACAAGAAAUUGAAUUGAAAGAAAAUGAAAUAGAAGAAAUGAAAUCACAAUUAGACCAACAAAAUCAAGCUAAUAUAAAGUUACAUGAAGAAAUUGAAAAACAAUGUGAAUCACGUUGGAAAUCUGAAUUAGACAGUUAUAGAGAACAAGUUCGACAACAUGCUAGAACAAUAUGUGUUAUGGAAGAACGUUUAGUCAAACUAACAAAACAAUUAAAGGAUACUAAGAAUGAAGUAACAAAAUUCAAACGAACCAAUACAGAUUUACAAAGUGAAAAUAAACAAUUACAAACUCGUUUAACAGACGCUCAUAAUCGUCUUCAAUCUUUACGAACUAAAACAUCAGCACGUCAUAAUGAUGAUACAAAUAAACAUUCUUCUGCAUAUUCAUCUAUUGAUGAUAAUACUAAUCCGAAAUUGGUUGAUAAUUUAAAACUUGAAAUAAUUCAAUUACAAAAUAUAAUUAAAGAUCAAACAUCAACUAUAGAAGUAUUACGUUCUGAUUUACAAGGUACACAAGCUCAAUUAAGUGAUAUAAAAGGUGAAUUACCUGAAAUACAAAAAGAAGAAAUUGAAAAUGCAUUAAAUGAUAAUAAAAAAAUAAAUCAAGAAUUAUGUAAUACUAAAACACAAUUAGUUAAUUUGAAAGAUUCAUUAGAGCAAAUGAAUGAAAAAUUAUAUGAAAAAGACGAACAUAUAAAAAGACUACAAAUUACAAUUCAAGAAUUAACUAAUUCUAAACAUGAAUAUGAAUAUAAAAUAAAACAUUUACAAGAGACUAUAAAUGAUGAAAGAGAGAAGUUAGCUCAUCAUCAUCAUAAUGAACCUAUCAAUGCAUCAUCUAGAUUGACACAAGAAUUAAUUAAUUUGGGCAAUGAAUGUAAAGGUGAAAGACAUCAUGAAAUUAUUGAUAAACAAAGAGAAGCAUUAAGUCAAUUAAGACAACGAUUACGUGAUCAAUAUAUGUAUAUAUCACCAAAAGGUAAUACAGAAAGUGAUGAAUUAAUCCUUCAAAUUUCUAAACUUAAACGUGAAAAUGCUGAAUUACGUAGCAAAGCACUACUUGCUGAAGUAGUACCAUCAAUAAAAGCAUUAACAAAUAAUUCUACUCUUGUAUUGAGUGACGUCAAGAAUGGUGAUGAUGAUCAAGUGACUGGUCAAAAAUCACCAAACAUGGAUCAUAUUGGUUUGAGAAAUGCAAUGGAUGCUUUAUACACUUCAGAAGAAUGUUAUUUAAAUCUAGCCCGAUCAAUAUCAAACCGUUUAGAUUUAGAUAGACUACCAGGUCAAAGAUCACUUAUUCAAGUACCAAAAAUAGAAAGAGAAACAGUUAGAAAAGAGCGCCAAAAGACAAUUGAACUAUUGUCGCAAAGAAUUGAAAUAUUAAAAAAUCAAUUUCAACAUAAAGAAAAUUUACUUAGUGAAUAUGAACGUGAUAUGAGUCGAUUGAAAUAAUGUACAAUCGACCGCCUUUACAAAUCUAGUCAUGACCUUGAUGCCACACAUACAUAAAUCAGGCGACGGAAAUUAGCAGUGGCGUUUCCGGAUACACAAAUGCAAAUCGUGUCGUUAACAGGAGAGGUCAAAUGGAUAACUAUAUUUGUAUCCUGUGUGUGUAUUUCGGGAACUCAAAAUGCGUUGGUGGCCUGAAAUUCUGGAGUUCUAGCUAAAGAAGUCUGUUAUCCUAUUUAACACAAGAUUAAAACAAUAAUAACUCUAACAAAUAAUUCAAAGAGUAGUGUUUGGAGAUCAGGGAUUAUAAGCUUAUUCGCGCACACCAGCCUAUCUGCUGUAACUUUGUUAUCUGCGCUAUCCAACAAAUAUACGGCGGCGCUCCGUGUUGCCUCCUGGAUUUAUACUCCGUUGACGGCAGAGCCCUAAAGAACAACUGCUUGAGGCUGGUUGCGCACAGCCUUUUUAUGAGAAGUUUUGAUAUGUUAGCUCGGCACUUCAAUAAGCUUCAGUGAUGGAGAAAGAAAUCCUUGAAGUUAUGUCAAGUGUUAGAUUUUAGGCUUGACUUUCUUCAAUCCCUUACUUUGAAUUUGAGUAUGUAGCGUUUUCGUAGAUGCUAGUUGUCCGAGGCAAAAACCUUACUACCGUCACCCUCCUCUACAGCCAGCUGUGUGACUUCGCCAGUGAAAAUUAAGUUGCUGCCUCUGGCCUAGAUAUUCUUCAACCAACCUUCUCCGCAUGGUAGGAACUAAGGGAACAUGCGUUCUGUCCAGUAUAAUCCGGUUGAAUCAUCACGAUAGGUAGUCCUGACCACCACGUCAACGUAACAGAUGAUGUCAGGAAGGUCACCCAAUGACCACCAAUGAUAGCUGUUUUAUUCAUGAUAUUCUUGGGAAGUGUUAUACUGGGAGGAAAUUGCUGUGUAGUCCUCUCCGCUUUUCACCGGCGUCCAAACUGAGGCCAAUCUUUGACAAAUACAACAUAAUAACUAUGCCAAUCUCUACAAAACUUUAGCUGUAUCAAUCAAACAAUUUUGUGUAUUUCUAUUAUCGUUAAGACAAGCUGAAGCAUUGGCAGAUGCAAAAGGUGAACAAUUAGAUCAAUUCAUUAACGAAUUACGCUCGAAAGAAACAGAAAUUCAAUUAUUACGUCAAAGCUUAGAUAGAACGCGUGAAGCAUUAUUGAAUGAACAACGUUCAGUAGCUGCAUUUAAGAAGUCUAGAGUAAGUUUUAAUUGUAAACAUAUGUUAGCUUUUGGUCAAUGUAUUAUUCAAUAUUAUCAUACAGCAGGGUAUACGAAUUAGUGCAUGAAUAGAGGAAACGUCCGUAAAAACAUACAAAUAAGUCAUAUUAUAUUUAGACUUGGUAGGGUAAGUGCAUACAAAUAUUUGCUUAGUUGACAAAUACACCAUAAUAAACAAGUACAUUUUGUAUUGUUAACGGUUUGUCAACUGAGUUCACCAACACUUCACUGAUAUUUAACAAAUGUUAUGGGCUUAAACUAUUGGUAUUUUUAGAAUUCGUCUUAAAGGAAUCGUCAAUACUGUCUCAAAUAUAUUCGUGCUAUUCAAAUAUGAGAUAAAACUUUGACAAAGUCAAGCAGGUCAACUAUAUAUCUAUGAUCAUCAUUCCCUUUUUUUGGAUCAAAAACAUAAUAAAAGCAUGAUGCUAGCUUUCUUUCAAACCUCUACAUGUUAUGAGUAACCCAUCAGAUUAAAGAAGAUGACAAGACUAGCAUGAAAAAAAUAUACUUAUCAAAUGUAGAUAUGUUGAAUGGUAAAACAACUAGACUCGCCAUUAAGCAGACACAAGAUUCAUUUUAAUCGGGCAGUUGUAUGCUCAGAAGUGGACCAAGUCAAUGAUUUCAUGCCUUGAUUAGUUAAGUUCAUCAGUAUCGAAUACCUAUUAUUUAUCACUAUGUGUUUAUUUCCCAUUAGGAGUAACAGGCGUAAGU